UUUUCAUUAGUCAACUGAUAAACUCAUCACGACUAUAAAUUUGUUGCAACAAAAAGUCCAGUUAUCUUGUACUUUUGUGACAACUAAGAUGAAGCUGUUAUUGUUGUUCACCCUUGUUGCUUUGGGCUACGCAGGCAAAAUCCUCUACUCUAAGGAGGACGAGUAUCAAUGGGAGCUCUUUAAGAUUGGAUAUGAAAGAGUAUACGCUGAUGAGGUGGAAGAGGAAGGUAGGAAGGCAAUCUUCAUUUGCAACCUUCACGAUAUCCGUGAACACAACCAAGCCUACGAUCGAGGAGAAACUACCUUCACAGAAGGAAUCAACAAUUUCGCUGACUGGACCGAGGAGGAGAUGAAAGGGAUGAAGUGAUACUGCCCGAGGAGAAGCAGAGCUAAGUAAAGAGGACUGCUGUUGGUGGAGGGUGUCUGGGGAAAAAGUCACGUCUGUAUGCUUAUGGUAAAAUAGAACGGUCCAAGACCUGGUUUUGUUACUGUUUUAUCUCCUUUUUGUUAUUUACCAUAAUUUAUUGUCAUUAAAAUGAUGUUAGUCAUGUAA